CAGCAACCACUUAUAAAAACCUCUUCAUUUUUGCAGAAUACACCUGAAUAAUCGUCUCUGUCGGGUGAAAAAUGUGGGCCCUGCUAAGAACCCGUUCGACUUUGGCCGCCCCGGCUUUGGUCCGGGCCGAACAUACGAUCCCGAAGGCGCUGGAGAAGAUAGCUACCGACAAGGAUCCUCAGUUUUCCAAAAUGGUUCAGUACUUUUUCCAUAAAGCCUGCGUCAAGUUAGAACCUAAAAUGGUGAAAUACAUGGAAAAGUAUCCGCAUAUGUCGGAAGAAAAACGCAGGCGACGAGUUUCUACCAUCAUCGAUUUGGUGGCCUCCGGUGGAAACACGCUAUCGUUGAAAUUUCCGGUCAUGCUUGAUAACGGUCAGUAUGAAAUAAUGUCUGCGUAUCGAACCCAUCAUGCCUUUCACCGAUUGCCGGUGAAAGGUGGCAUCCGAUUCUCGAGCGAUGUCAACCGGGACGAGGUCAAGGCCCUGGCUGCGUUGAUGACCUUCAAGUGUGCCUGCGUUCAUGUGCCGUUCGGGGGAGCCAAGGGCGGAAUCAAGAUCGAUCCCGCCUGCUACAGCAAACAGGAGCUGCAGAACAUCACUCGCAGAUACACCAUCGAGCUGGCCAAAAGGAACUUCAUUGGACCGGGAGUGGACGUACCAGCACCGGACAUGGGUACCGGAAUGCGUGAAAUGUCCUGGAUUGCAGAUGCCUACAGCAAAACACUCGGCUUCAAGGACAUAAAUUCGCAAGCCACGGUCACCGGAAAACCGUUACAUCAGGGUGGAAUCCGUGGCCGCACGGAAGCUACCGGUAGGGGUGUGUACAUUUCCCUCGACCUGUUUUGUAGCCAGAAGGAUUGGAUGGAGUCUGUCGGACUGAAAACGGGUUUAGCUGAUAAAAAGAUUAUUGUGCAAGGUUUCGGCAAUGUUGGAUCCUUUGCAUGCAAAUUUCUCCACGACGCUGGUGCUAAAAUCAUUGGCAUAAAAGAAUCUGACUGUUCCUUGCUUAAUGAAGAUGGAAUCAAUCCAGAUGAACUUAUGAAACACAAAGCAACAUCUAAAUCCUUAAAAGGGUUUCCUAACGCUAAAGAAGUGAAGGAAGAUUUGAUGAUUCAUCCUUGCGACAUUUUGGUUCCAGCUGCGAUUGAAAAAUCUAUAACUUCAGACAACGCCGGUAAAAUACAAGCCAAAAUUAUUGCAGAGGGUGCCAAUGGUCCAACAACACCGGCCGCGGACAAAAUAUUGCAAGAGCGUAAAAUUCUCGUCAUACCAGAUCUGUAUUGCAAUGCUGGCGGAGUAACGGCCUCGUACUUCGAGUAUUUGAAAAAUAUCAACCACAUCUCUUUUGGAAAAUUAUCGUUCCGUCAAGAGGCUGAAAACUUCACUGAAGUAUUGCGAUCGGUUGAGAGAUCAUUGAAAGAUUCUGGGAUAUGCGCCGAUAUACGGCCAAGUAAUAAGCUAGAUCACUAUUUACAUAGCGCCAGCGAAGCCGAUGUAGUAGCUUCAGGAUUGAAAUAUGUUAUGCAAAUGGCUGGCCAGGGCAUAAUGAGGGUAGCUAAUCAACAGCAGCUGUGUUUAGAUUUGCGCACAGCAGCUUACAUGUGGUCUGUAGAAAAAAUAUUUAAGUCAACCGAGGCUGCUGGAUUAGCCAUGUAAACUGUUAGUUUCGUUAUAUUGUUUCAAAAUGACUUUCUUUAACACGACUGAAGCUAUAGAUUAACAAUGUAAUAUGUUUUAUAUUGACAAUGAAAAAUUUACAAUUAAAGAGCUUAUAGAAAUAAAAUGGUAAUCUCGGAACCUACAAAUCCAU